AUGAUUAAUCUUCUACAGAUUAAUCUCAACCACUGUCGAACAGCUCAAAACCUGGUGGAGCAAACAGUGGUUGAAAGAAACAUCGACGUGGUUAUUGCAUGCGACCCCCACGGGAUCACAGACGGCAACGAAGGAUGGCUAACAAGCAGCGGUACAAAUAGGGCCGCAAUCAAAGUGUUUGGGAAAAACGCCACGAUAGCGAAAAUCGAGACCGAUGACGAGUUUGUACUGGUAAGGGUAAACGGAGUAUUCAUAUAUAGCUGCUACGCGUCACCAAACUCCACAAUAGCAGCAUACCGGGAAUUCCUACAACGGCUAGAAAGGAGCGCACAACUGUUAGGACGCCAGGAGAGAAUUAUCAUCGCCGGGGAUUUUAACGCGAGAUCAGCCGCAUGGGGCGACUGGCAGAGUAACACCAGAGGAGAAGAACUCCUAGAGCUCUCUGAAGGACUAGGUCUGGUCAUAAUCAACACGGGACGAGAGCCCACAUUUCAUGGUAUAGGAGCAGGCUCAAUUGUCGACGUCACGUUUGCAUCAGAAGGAUUUUCCCGCAACAUCAGAGAUUGGACGGUACUAGACGAAGAAAAUUACUCAGACCACCAUUACAUAACGUACACAGCACAAACGGAGGCAAGCUCUAGCAGAGGAAAUGACACUCCGCGCAACGAUAGGAGCUGGAUCACAUCCAAGGGCAUCUGCGUUGAGGAAUUCAAAGCAGGCCUUAUGCCAGCGGAUUGGAUUUCCCCACGGCAAGCUGACAUGGGGGAGUACAAUUUAGCUGAUGCCUUCGAAAAAAGGAUGACCAUCGCAUGCGAUUUUGCACUCCAGAGGAAACCCGAAAUGCGAUGUGGCAAAAGGCCCCAGCACUGGUGGAACCCGGAGAUAGCCCAACUCCGCUCCAGCUGCAAGGCAGCAAGAAGAGCAUUAAAAAGAGCAGUGACCAGGCGGACCAGGAACGGAGGAGAAAUAGCGGCGACAGAAGACCUGCUGGAGAACCUUAAAUCCCGCAAAAAGGCCCUCAGGACGGAGAUAGCAAAGAGCAAAGAACGCGCGUGGAAAGAACUACUCGAAACCGUAGAAAACGACAUAUGGGGCAAGCCGUAUAAGCUGGUAUUGAGGAAACUGCAAGGCCCACCAGCGACGGCGAACAUGGAACCCACGAUGCUAAAGGAAAUCGUUGCGACGCUCUUUCCAACGAAGCCACCACCCAGCCAAAUAGAGUACAUCCGUGACAUCCCCAUCCCAUUCUUCACGCAGGACGAGGUCUGUGAGGCCUUCAAACGUAUGGCCCCCAGGAGGAAAGCGCCCGGCCCGGAUGGACUUACCAACUGCAUACUCACAGCAGCCCACAGGGCAGAACCAACCCUCUUCAGGGGAAUGUUCAACGAGUGCCUGCGAGUAAGUGACUUCCCCAUCAGAUGGAAAAACUGA